UCAAUUAAAUAUCCUGUAUUCUUACAGUAAUAUAUAUAGUUCAGCACGUGGACCUGUGGUAACAUAUAUUUAUGAUACACUAACAUUGUGGGUUUGUUUGCGAGGCAAUUUAGCGAUUAAGAGAGGCAAUAUGUAUGUUUAAGUUCUCUUUAUCACAAAACUUGUCAUUAUCUGAAGUCGAUUUUAUCGGACGGAUCACUUGUUUAUCUGAAUGUAUGUCUGCCAUCUACGAGUCUUAUAAACACUUGUCAGAUUUUAGAGAACCAUGUUUCUGGAGGUUGUUAUCCUCGUUGUCGGGCCAGUCCUCCGCAUCAUUGAAUUCUUUUUAUUUAAAUUGAUGGACCUGUACGACCAGUUGCUCUACACUCCAUUACAGACGUCACUUACUCCAGUUGUCUGCAAGAUUCCCAGAACACUAGUUGUAGGAAACAAGACUUACACGAUAUUCACAGCCAACAUCGUGUCUUAUACCAGGACCAUAUUGGUCAUACCCAUCGCUGUAUGUCUAAAGUACCAGUAUCAUACAACAGCGUUCCUACUGGUCGCUCUCCAUGAUUUCUUGGAUCAUGUCGAUGGAAUCGUGGCAAAAGCUCAUCGCCAAAUGUUUGGACAAGUUGAUGAUCCACUGCUAGGGGGUUUCAUGGAUGCAUUUUGUGACAAGAUCGUGAACGUUUUUGCGUUAUGGUCUAUACUGAUGGUGACAGAUUUUGGUACUUUCUCUAAUAUUGAAAUCUUGAUAUACUCUGGAUCCUGUGGCAUCAUCAUUACCUAUGAGUUCAUUCUUGGUGUGGUGCGAGUACAGGACUAUUUUGGAGCAUAUUACGACAGAUUACAUGGUAAAUUAAAUGACAGAGUGUCAACAAGCAGUAUUUCUGCAGUGAUGGAAGGAAAACUAAAGGAAAAGUUGGAAUCCACGGGGAUUGCGUGUCUCUGCCUAGCUCUGGGAAGUAAAUGUGCUGCUAGUUCCACCGCUGGGAUGAUAGGACUUGCUUGCUUACUUCUGUCUGUUCGUUUGGCCCAUGCGAGUCUUCAACAUAAGUUAAAUGCCCGGUCCUUGGCGAAGGAGAUGGAGAAAGAUAUUAUGGAAGGAAAAUUGGAAAUGGAAAAAGUAGGAGACCCUAUCACUGAAUACAAACCCGUCCCUAAGCAGUCGUCAGCGGUUGAUCUUUCUGAUGAGUUGCAAACAGAUUCCAAAACUCUCAACAGCAAGGACUCAAAGACAGAAAAAAACGAAAUUAACAGAACAAGAUUCGAGAUAACCAGUGGGUCAGAAAGUAAUGAAAUAGAAGAAGACACUAAGCAGAUCAAGCGUCUGAGCAGAAGGCGCUCCUUCCACGCCAAAACCCAGGACGACCGCACAGACCGAGUCUACACUGUCGGCUGUUUCGACCUUUUUCACCAGGGACAUAUUCGUCUGCUACAGAGAAUGAGACGACUCGGAAAAGAGGUGAUUGUGGGAGUUCAUGACAGUCGAAGUAUUCUGAAAUUGAAGUCCAAAGUCCCAAUUGACAGCACUGAAACCCGCAUGGCUAACGUAAAAAAUUAUGCAGAUAUAGUUUUCUGUGUGGCAGGCACAGACCCAACUCCAUUCUUGGAUUGCAUUACAAACACUAGCACGGAUCUUACCAACAUGUAUGUCCGUGGUGACGAUAUGCAGAACUUUCCAGCUCGUCAACUCGCUGAACGUAUCAUGACUAUCAAAUUCCUACCCUACUCCAAAGGAGUUUCAUCAACUAAACUGCGUAAAGAACGGUACAACGCCUCCAAUUUUGGUCCUCAUGUCAAUGAUGACGGACAUGCAAUGCUAUAUUGAGGAGUUUUUAUUUUGGUCUGUCCGUCUGUAUGUGGCAAAAACUUUGAUUAUAUCUUUCACACCAUAAGAGGUAGAGCUCUCCUACUUGGUAUGUGUAUUUCUUGUGGCAAGACCUUUUAAUUGACACUAAAAUCUUGACCCAUUGAUCUUUACAUUGACCUUUGACCUGGUUCCACUUUGUUGUAAUCCAUGGGGCACCAGUGUUUCACAAACAUAUCCUCUUAAUCCUAGUAAUUUUAUAACUUCUUCCAAGCUCUUUACAAUUUUAAAUACAUCGUCUAUCGAAUACAAAAAAAACCCAGAUGUUCAUCUGUAAAGUAUCUAUGACUUGAAAUUUGUACAAACUCUUUUAAAAACAAUUUCAGAUGUAACCAACCCAAAUGUAUAUUAUGAAGACUAGUAUUUAGCAUACUGAAUUGAUAUAUGAGAUGGAAGUUCAUUUGAAUUAAUGACGAUAAAAAAGAGUGGAUAUUAUCAAAUCAAAAGAUCAAUACAUGGUAGAUUUUGUAGCAAUACUAGUAUUCCAUUACCACCUGCAUAUGGUGUUUAUAUAUCUCAACUGAAUCGAUACGCAAGAGCUUGUUCUGCGUAUGGUCAGUUUUUAAAUUGAUGCAGGCUACUGACAAACAAGUUGAUGUUACAGGGGUUUCAACAGCCUCGUUUAAAGUCAGCAUUUCGCAAAUCCUAUGGUCAUUAUAACGAUCUAGUUUGCCAAUACAACCUGUCAUUGGGUUUAAUGCUGUCUGACAUGUUUCAUGCCAAAUGUUUCUGUAAGUCGUUCUUCAAAACAUAGGGCUCUCGGCGGAUGUGACCGGUCGACAGGGGAUGCUUACUCCUCCUAGGUACCUGAUAUCACCUCUGGUAUAUCCAGUGAUCCGUGUUUGUCCAACUCUCUAUUUUGUAUUGCUUAUAGGAGUUUUAUGAGAUUGAAAACUGUUCGUUAUCUUUUCAAGCUAUACUGAGUAAAACUAGAAUCUAAAAUUAUGAAUGUCGGAUGUGGGAAAUGCUGAGUCUCGACAAAAAUGAAAAUAUAUAUGCUUCAACUCUCGUAUCUAUAGUAACAAAACAGAAAUUAGAUUUGUGGUUUAAUAUCAUAAUGUCGAUUUUUCUCACAACUCCAGUUAUAUGAAUAUUCAUGACUUUGUGAGUGAAAGGCGAAGAUAACGAACAGUGAUUAAUCUCAUAAAUCCCAUAAGCUAUACAAAAUAUAUAGUUGGGCAAACACGGACCCCUGGACACACCAGAGGUGGGAUCGAGUGUCUAGGGGGAGUAAGUAUCCCCUGUCGACCUGUCACACCCGCCGUGAGCCCUAUAUCUUGAUCAGGUAAACGGAGUUAUCAGUAGUCAAAAUCAGUGUGCCACGAACGGUCUAACAAUCGGUAAUAAAUACGUCAGACAGCAUUUGACUCAAUGAUAGGUUGUAUUGCCAAACUAGAUUGUUUUAACGACCAUAGAACAUGCAAAAUGCUGGCUUUAAACGAAACUGUUGAAACCCCUAAACCAUCAACUUGUUUGUCAGUAGCUUGCCUCGAUUUAUAAACUGACCAUACUUAGAACAAGCUCUUGCGUAUCGAAUCAGUUUAGAGAUAUAAACACCAUAUGCAGAUGAUAAUAGAAUAUUGCUACAUAAAUAUAGGAAGUUGACGAUGAAGAAGCUGAAAUCAUUCCGUUUGUCAUAAAGUUAAGUUGUUAGUUUGCCGUUGAUAUCUACUUUCAAUAAAAUAUCUAAGUUUGAAGCAGAAGUGUAUUGAUAUAUUUUUUUUCCUGUUAAAUAAAUGGUUAAAUCUU